AUGAUAUGGGCACCAAAUAGCGGUAAGGAUAGCUCUUUGGCUGAUAGGGUUUUGCUUAGGUUACUCACACACACUGCUCUUUGUAUUUCCCAGACACACAACCUACCUCCAAGCCAGACGCAAAUUAACCAAAGGCUGAAAUCGGUAUCUGUAUUUUGUUUAUACUGUGCUUCCACUUCAAGCCAAAAAUUUAGCCAUUUGGCAAAUUGUUACUCUGGAACACAUGAGAAUAUAAAGUUUCUCAAAGUUUCAGAAAUAUCUCUUCAUACUGACCGCCACGAAGUUAAAGACGAGUUGAAAUGGACAACUGAAGCGUUUCAUGCUCCAUUAAGAAGAUCGGAAACAUUGUCCAGUACCAAGUCAAGUGGGGAAGUUACAAUCACGACAGAUACUGUUAUGAGCUUGCACGCCUUCGAAAAUAUGGCCCCUAAAACACAAAAUAUGACUUCGAAAUUCUCUAAUACUGUUGUAACCAAUGAAACUUGCUCUUUAUCUACAUCACAUUCUGGUUCCCGGACCACUUACAGUCAUUACAAGCGAUCCAUUUUACGACAAGUAAAACGUCAAGCAGAUAACCUUCGAUUAAAGCUUGUUAAAGAGCGUCGUACAAUAAAUCACGAACGAUUAGUUGAUCCCCUCCUGUCCUCAAGACAACGCUUUGUAUAG